UCUAUCGUGUUUUUUAUUUAAGUUUGUAAAUUCUAAACUUUGACGAAAAGUUGUUUUGUAGCAAAAGAUUGGUGAAAGAGUGUGAGAUUGUGACGGCAGCUGUCAUUCGUUUAUUUUUAUUUUUUUGGAGCCAUGAUUUGAUGAAUGUAUUUGGAUGUAAUGAUCACUGGGUUCCCAUUUAGUUGAAUUUUUUUGGGGUUGUCAUGGUGAUGUGCAACAUGUCAAGUGGAUGCAGGCGGUCAAUCAAAGUUGUAAGUCUGUCAUGUUGGUUUGACAGAUGGAGGGGGGCUGGGUACUUGUAGUUUUUGUUGAUCGCUACAGUUUAUUACACUUUAUUUGGUCAUGUUAUGUUUACGGAGUUUGACCUAAACAAGUUUAAGAUGAACCCCUAAAUAGCUGUAAUUAACUUCAUUGAUUCCACCUCUGUGCCGUCUGGAGCUCACAACAAGAAAUAAGGAGCGAUGGAGCAGAGAAAUACAGAUCAUGAAAAAGUUGAAUCAUAUUAACGUUGUAACGGCUCGAGAUGUCCCAGAGGAAAUAAAACCUAUUGCUUUAAACGAUCUUCCACUGUUGGCCAUGGAGUACUGCUCCAGAGGGGACCUGAGAAACCUGCUGAGCAGACCUGAAAACUGCUGUGGUCUGAAAGAGAGUGAAGUGCUUUCUUUACUCAAUGAUGUUGGAUCUGGCAUCCAGUAUCUGCAUGAAAACAAGAUCAUACACAGAGACCUUAAACCUGAAAACAUUGUGCUUCAGGAAUGCAAUGGAAAGCUGGUUCAUAAAAUCAUAGACUUGGGCUACGCCAAAGACCUGGAUCAGGGCAGUCUGUGUACUUCUUUUGUUGGAACACUUCAGUACCUGGCCCCUGAGCUGUUUGAGAACAAGCCUUACAGUUGGACUGUGGACUACUGGAGCUUUGGCACGAUGAUUUUCGAGUGCAGUUGUGGCUUUCGUCCGUUCCUGCAUAACAUGCAACCUGUCCAGUGGGCCAGCAAAGUGAAGUAUAAAGGUCCAAAAGACAUCAUGGCUGUUGAGGAAUCUAAUGGUCAAGUCAGGUUCUCAACUAAUCUUCCCGACCCAAACAACCUCAGCAGGACUCUGGUGGAACCGUUGGAGACCCUCCUUCAGCUGAUGCUGAAGUGGACUCCAGAACAGAGAGGAGGCUCGAUAGACUGUCACACGAAGAAGCCACAGUGCUUUGAGUUACUUGACCAUAUACUCAGUAUGAAGGUUGUCCACAUCCUGAACAUGACCACAGCUCAGGUCCAUUCCUUCAAGCUGACUCCAGACGAGAAUUUCCACAGUCUUCAGAAGAGAAUCGAGGCUGAAACAAAGAUAGAAGUAGUGAACCAGGAACUGCUGCAGGAGACGGGCGUGUCCCUGGACCCGAGGAAGCCUGCUGCACAGUGUGUCCUGGAUGGAGUGAGAGGGUGGGACAGCUACAUCGUGUACUUGUUUGACAAAAGCAUCACCAACUACUGCGGCCCCCUAAACGCUCGACAGCUGCCUGAAAAGGUCAACCGUAUUGUACAAGAUGCCAAAUCAGCCAUUCCUUUGAUGGCGUUGAAGAAAGUGUGGGGUGAAGCCGUGAGCUACAUCUGUGGUCUGAAAGACGACUACAGCAGACUCUUCCAGGGCCAGAGGGCUGCCAUGCUGAGUCUCCUACGCUACAACACCAACCUGACCAGGUGUAAAAACAGCAUGUUCGGCUUCUCGCAGCAGCUCCGAGCCAAGCUGGACUUCUUCAAGAGCAGCAUCCAGUACGACCUGGAGAAGUACAGAGACCAGAUGCACUAUGGGAUAUCCUCUGAAAAGAUGUUGAAAGCCUGGCAGGAGAAUGAAGAACGAGCAGCUGCUUUUGCACAGGUGGCAGAAGUGAGCCACUUGGACGAUGAGAUCAUGGCACUGCAUUCUGAGAUUGUUGAACUCCAGAGGAGCCCGUACGCCCGACGCCAAGGAGAAAAGAUGGAGCAGCUAGAAGUCAAAGCUAUUGAGCUCUACAGGCAGAUAAAGAUAAAAUGCAAAGCUCCCGACUCAGACAGGACCAGUGACAGCUCAGAGAUGGUGAAGGCCAUCAUCCAGACCGUCCAGAACCAAGACAAGGUCCUCAAAGACCUGUACACCCACCUCAGUAAGAUCCUGAUCAGUAAACAGAAGAUCAUCGACUUGUUUCCUAAAAUUGAGAAAACCUUAGAGAGCAUCAAGGAUGCUGACAACACGGUGAUGCAGAUGCAGAUCAAGAGACAGAAGGAGUUUUGGCAUUUACUCAAGAUCGCGUGUGCCCAGAACUCUUCACGUAACUCCAUAGCAGCCAGUCCUGAGUCUGCCAACCUGCUGCAGGUUUCCCACUGGUCACAUUCAGCUCAGCCAGUCAGCUCCCCACACCCCCUCACCUCCUUACCUGGGCCCAACGACAGUGACGCCGCUCCUCGGCUGCUGCAGGAGAACCAGCGGUACCUCAGUCAGCUGACCAGUCUCAUGCAGGAAGCCAGCGACGAACAGGCGAAAAGCAUUGUGGACCAAGACUGGAGCUGGACGAAAUACGAAACCUUAACAAAACUAAAAAAGCAGAAUGCCUGAGCCCUCGCUCCAUCCUCUUCCUCAUCCUUUCCUCCGAGUAACACUAAGGACUGUAAGUCAUCAGAACAGAACCAUGGCUUUGGACAGCUUUGGACUCUGGAUUUCCUGUAGAAAUCCAAUCUCCUGAGUGUCUUUCGGGGGUUAAAAAGGGACAUGCUCUGUGGUGCCGGUCCACAUGGUGGAAAUUUUGAUAAAUUAUUUAACUUUUUUAUACCAGAAAAGAACAAAUAUAUGAUCUUCAAAAUUCUGCACAGAAUUCAUCAUCAUCCUCCUCACUCAGACAUUUGUGCCGACUGUCAUCAAACAAACUGUAGCGCCAGAUAUGAGAGUGUGUGUGUGUGUGUGGGGGGGGGGGGGGGGGUCAAAUCAAACAAAUGCACUUUGACACUCCCGCAAAUAGUGUCUCUGUAAGUAGACAGACCAAGCUGCCAGAACCACUCAUCGCCGUCAUCUUGGGUUUGUGUAUUUAAUCGAUGACUGGGGGAUUAAAUUAUGUGUAUGCUUUUAAAAUAGUGUUAUAUAUCUUGAGCAGAGGUCCUCUGUCAUGCCUGUGCCUCAAACAUGGCUGGCCAUUUUGUUUAUACGCUGUCUAUACUGUACACAAUUAUCACGAAGUUGGUUUGAGUUUCCUUCAGUCGUGUGUCAGAGCUGCGUUCAUGUCUUCAAGUCAAAUCGCAAGUUAAUAAGUUUGUUUAUGUGUUUAGAAAUGCAUCAAAGAUACAAAUAAUUAAAUUCAGGUUCAAACCAAAACAGAAUUUCAAAAACUACAACUUUUACGAAAUGAAUUAGUCAUGUUUUAUAAAAAAUGUUUAGAUUAAAGUUUUUUCUUCAGUCUUCUCCACUGGUUUGUUUUCACUCUGGAUGGAAAUUAAACUAAUACCAUGAAUCUGUUUUUAAAGGUAUUAAUAACAAGUGCUAUUUAUUCCUGUGCAUUUUUUAUCGUCACUGACAGCAGAUACACUGCAAAAAAGAAAUGAUUCUAUAAUCUUGUGCUCCCAAGUAAUAAAAGCAUCCCUCUAAUGUCUUGAGUUUUUAAAAUAACUGAAAGUGACGAAUACUGAAAUUUGUCCUUUGAGGAACGAUAAUUCCUUCUGUAGGUUGUAUUAGAACCAGAAAGCUAAAACAACACAGGAAGUGGUCGCAUUAGCGCCAGUGAAAACAGAACAUUUGGUGGUUUUGUUUCACAACAGUAGUAUUAGACCCAUUUGUGAACUUAAUGGUACACCUCUCAUUCCAAGUGUGAAUAUGCAUCCCAUAAUAGUUCUAAUCUGGAAGUCAGUGGUUUCCACGGUGAUGUGGCUGCACAGAAACGGAUGGUUUUGCUGUUACUUUAGAAGACAGGGUUGCGCUCAGAUGUAUUUAUGAAGUAAACGUGCAUAAUAAUAAUAAUCUUGUAUUUAAGUACGUUGAUUUUUCUUGAGUUGAAUUUUUUUUCUAUCUGCUGGUCUGAAUCUGUCACUGAAUGUUGAGUUUUUAGAGAUUUCACUGUAUGAAUGUUAACCUGAUAAUAAAAUGAAUGAUUUUGGCAUGAUA